AUGGCCUACUAUGUCGGUCCCUUUGGUCGUAUGUUACCCGUCCUCGAUCCCGCUACCGGUCAACAGGCCUCAUCACAAUCUCCCAAACCAGCUUCAACAACACCAGAUUCAGACCCUCCACGAAACCGUCCACCAUAUCAGCUUCCACUGCCUCAUUCCUCUACUCCGUUGCAAUUUGGUUCCGACCCAUUUCUACCCCCGCGACCCCCGGGGGAACUUGCCAGGGCAGAGAGGCAACCACCACCACCACCACCACCACAAGAGCAGCAGCAGCAGCAGCAGCAGCAGCAACAGCAACAGCAGCAACAACUGCCUUCUGUUAGCCAACUGCUGUCACCACCAUCAUAUCCUUAUCGACCGCUCUCUACCACCUUUCAGGCACUACCUUCCUAUGUCUCUCCGCCCGAGAAUCUGCCCAUUGCCGCCUCCUCCCAGGAGGCUCGGCCGACCUCCGGGUCGUCGGCGAGUAGCUCGAAGCCCUCUGUCCACCCACCUGUGGUGGAUGAGCGCUACAUAGACGGCGAAGGUCUGUGCUACAUCUACGCCGAUGGCUCACACUGCCCCAAGAUCAUCGACGGUGUCCCCGUCAACGCCAACUGGGGGGUCACCAAGGCGGGAAAGCCUCGCAAACGUCUCGCCCAGGCCUGUCUAACCUGUCGCGAAAAGAAGAUCAAAUGCCAGCCUAACCUGCCCAAGUGUGAUCAGUGUCAGAAGUCCGGUCGUGUCUGCCGCUUUGAGAGUGCACCCCGCGGACAUCGGGCGCAGAAACCGUUGCAUUACGCCAGCCAGACGAACAUCCCGCCGCCUCCCGCGGGUUUUUACUCUCUCGCUAGAGCCUCCAACAGUUCGACCUCACUCCCCGACACCAACCAGUCGCCCAACUCCGAACGAAGCCCUCGGCAGCUGACCCCUUCUUUGGCCGACAGUAGCUACGAUGAGCCGAGCCACGCACGCAAGACAUCCAUGGGACUCGAUGACCCGUAUGUUGACCUUGUGGCCGAGCUCGAGGUGUGUGACCCAGACGAUCCGCUGGCGGGGGACUGGCAUCUGGAUCCCUAUGAGAUGGACCCGGAGCUCACGACGCACUACGUUGAGAGCUACCUGACCACAAUCAACGACUGCCUAUACUACAUAUUCCCACGGCGCCGCUUCCUGCUGUGGCUCAAGUCGUGCCGCACCAAAUCGCUCGACGAUAAGAUGCUGCUGUACGCGAUGAUGGCCAUGGGCGCCGUCUUUUCGGAUCGGACCGACCGCCAGGAUGCCCUGCGCCGCUACUCCCGCACGGCGCGGUACGCGGUCGAGCGCCGCCAGCACCGCCUCUCGCUGCAGCUGGCGCAGAGUCGCCUCAUCUUGAGUUUCUGGUAUUACGCCAUGGGGGGUCCGUUGGCCCACGUGUGGGACUCGGUCGGGGCUGCCAUGCGCACCGUGGCCGCCCUGCGGUAUAACUUUGAAUCCGGGGCAGUCGACUCAAGCGGCGGCGGCGGCAGCAGCAGCAGCAGCAGCAACAGUAACGCCAUGGUCCUAUCGACGUGCGAGUACGGACUACAUCCGCAGGCACUAAUCGAAUGUCGUCGACGAACCUUUUGGGUGGCUUACAUGCUGGACCGGCUGUCGAGCAGCUACGCGCCCUCGGCAUCGCUAUUCUUCCCAUCCCAGUCAGCCUUUCUGAAGUUGCCGUGUCGCGACGACAUCUACGAGGCCCAACAGUACGCCACCGUGCCCUAUUUCAUGAGUGACCUGUCACCCGAAGAGGACAUGUCUUCGCUGAGCGCAAUGGCGUUUUUGAUCGAAAUCAUCGCGCUCUGGGGGGACGUGUCGCACCACGCCCUCCAGUCACCGCACCUGUCUGCCGAGGCCCAUGCCCGUCGCAUCGACGGCUGGUUGCCGGGGAUCCUGCAGCAGGCUGAGACCUGGCGCAACAAGCUGCCCGCCCAUCUGCUCCUCACGGCCGAGAACAUGGAGCGCAGCAUCAGCGCAGGCAAGGCGGACGAUAUCCUUCUCCUUCACAUUGUGUACCAUGUCACUCUGAUCCGACUGCAUCGGUACCAACGGGCCUCGCCCGACUGCCCCUCGGCAACGAUCGCCGAGCAUGUGCGGCGGGCGCGGCACCACGCCGUCGAGAUCCUGCAGAUCACCGUCGUGGUCAACCAGAUGACGGCUUCGAUGGUGACGAGGACCCUGAACCCGUUCCUGUGCUUCGCCGUGCUGUCGGCCGUCGACGUGUUAAGCGCGGCGGGUCUGGCGGGCGAUCUGGCCGACUGCCUGCGACUCAUCGAGAGCGGGCUGGAGAGCGUGGCCCGGCUGGCGCGACCAUGGCACGGCUGUCUUGCGCUGGCCACGCUCAUCGAGGGCCGGCGUGAUCUCCUGCGCGAGGCUCUGCUCGACCCCUCCUUUUCCUUUUCCUCCCCCUCCCCCCCCUCCUCCUCCUCCUCGUCGUCGGAGGGCAAGCUGGGCUUCGCCCUCGUGUGCGACGCGUGUCCCCCGCUGGAAACACAGAUCCGGCUCAGCAAGACGCUGGUGUACACGCCUGGGCCCGUCGAGGAGGAUCUCUUCUACGGCGGCUUAUCGCGGCGGGCGCUUUUGGAGGUGUUGGCGGGCGAGGCACUGCCAGAAGACCGGAUCUGUUGGAUACACGUUACUAAUGAUCUAAACCAAAAUUAA